AUGACGGCGGCACCGAGGGGAUGCGGUAGAGAUCUCUACAUCUUCAUGAGACCCGAGGUGACGCAGGGAAAGACGCUCAUGUCCAGGAGCGACGGAUCGGGGCGGAGCAGAGCGAUAAUGAACCGAGACAUGCUGAUUGUGGAAUCGGAGAAGAGGAGGAGGCAGAAGACGCUCAGUGACAGACUCUCCACUCCGAGCCCCAGACAGCUCCGAGUAGCGUAUGAGCGCAACGUGCAGUCGGCAAGGUCCUCUCUGUACCACCUGCGGAUGGGAACGCCCUUCUCUCCGGGACAGACGCUGCAGGAGCGCGACCGGCACAUCAGGCAGCGACAUGCCGAGUGGAUGGUCCAGUCAAGGAACCGAAGCCCAUCCGCCUCCGUCAAGUCGAGGAGCCACGUCCUCUCCCCUAUGACCGUUUAG